AUGUCAGAAGAAGCCAUUUUCCGUUCUGCGGACGUUAGUUUGGUGCAACUUUAUAUCCCAUCAGAAAUUAGUAGAGAAGCUGUUUAUGCAUUAGGUGAAGCUGAUACCAUUCAAUUUAGAGACUUGAAUUCUAAAGUCAAUACUUUCCAAAGAUCAUUUGUUAAUGAAAUCAGAAGAUUAACAAACGUUGAAAGACAAUAUAACUAUUUUAAAGAACAAUUAAACCAUCGUGGUGUUCCAUUAAAACCUGCUCCUUAUAUUGAAGAUCAAGAAUUUACACCAGCUGCUAAACCAAGUGAUAUUGAUGAAAAAGUUGAAAGUGCUCAAUUAUUAGAAGAAAGAUUAAGUCAAUUGGUCGAUGCAUCUGAAAAUUUAGAAACUCGUAAAAAGGAUUUACUUCAAUCAAGACAUGUCUUGAAAGCUGCUAAUCAAUUUUUCAAUAAAGAAGCUGAACAUGUUCAAAGGCAAAGUUUUGAUUUAAUUGAUACUGAUGAUCAUGAUAUUGAACAACAACAACAAAAUCAAAAUGCAGCUAUUAGUGAAAAUUAUGUCACUGGUGUUAUUCCAACUGAAAAGGCCAAUAUUUUAGAAAAAAUCUUGUGGAGAGUAUUGAGAGGUAAUUUAAUUUUGGAAACUGUUCAAAUUGAAGACCCAAUUUAUGACCCAAAAUCAAAACAAUAUAUCAAUAAGAGUGUCUUUAUUGUAUUCUCUCAUGGUCAUGACAUCAUUUCAAGAAUUAAAAAAAUUAGUGAAAGUUUAGAUGCAGAUUUAUAUGAAGUUGAUACCGAGGAAAACAAAAGAUCUGAAUCUUUAUUAGAAGUUAACGGUAGUCUUGAAGAUUUAAACACAGUUCUAGAAACUACAAACCGUACAUUAAACACGGAAUUAAUUGCUAUUGCACAAGAAUUAUCUAGUUGGGCUGCAGUUAUCUUGAAAGAAAAAUCUGUUUAUCAAACUUUAAAUUUAUUUGAUUAUGAUCCAAAUAGAAAAGUUUUAAUUGCAGAAGGUUGGGUUCCAACAAAUGAAAUACCUUCAUUAAAAGAAACAUUAGACUCUACUUCAACAGAUGUUAGUUCUGUUGUUAACAUUCUUCAAACAACUAAAACUCCACCAACUUAUCAUAAGACCAAUAAAUUCACAGCUGCAUUCCAAAGUAUUGUUGAUGCUUAUGGUAUUGCUGAAUAUAAAGAAGUUAAUCCAGGUUUACCAACAAUUGUUACUUUCCCAUUUAUGUUUGCCAUUAUGUUUGGUGAUAUGGGUCAUGGUUUUAUUUUAUCAUUAGCUGCUUUAUUUUUAGUUUCACAUGAAAAACAAUUUGCUCGUAUCAAGAGAGAUGAAAUUUUCGAUAUGGCUUUCACUGGUAGAUAUAUUUUAUUAUUAAUGGGUUUGUUUUCAAUUUUCACUGGGUUUUUAUAUAAUGAUUUAUUUUCUAAAUCAAUGACUAUAUUUAAUUCAGGUUGGAAAUGGCCAGAACAUCAUGAAGGUGAAACUAUUUUUGCAGAACAAACUAGUGUUUAUCCAAUUGGUUUAGAUCCAGCAUGGCAUGGAACUGAAAAUGCUUUAUUAUUUACAAAUUCAUACAAGAUGAAAUUAUCAAUUUUAAUGGGUUUUAUUCAUAUGACUUAUUCAUAUUUCUUCUCAUUAGUUAAUCAUUUACAUUUCAAAUCAGUUAUUGAUAUCAUUGGUAAUUUUAUUCCAGGUUUAUUAUUCAUGCAAAGUAUUUUCGGUUAUUUAUCCAUUUGUAUUGUUUAUAAAUGGUCAAUUGAUUGGAUUUCUUUAGGUAAACCAGCACCAGGUUUAUUAAAUAUGUUAAUUUCAAUGUUUUUAUCACCAGGUACAGUUGAAGAAUAUUUAUAUCCACAUCAAGAAAAAGUUCAAGUUUUCUUAUUAAUUAUUGCAUUAAUUUGUGUUCCAUGGUUAUUAUUAUUAAAACCAUUAUAUUUUAAAUAUAAAAUAGAUCAAGAACAUAAAUAUCAAGAAUUAAAUGCAGAUCCUGAAGCUGUUCAAGAUUUACCAAGAAAUCCAGAAGAAUUACAAGCUAUGGAACAUGAUGAUGAUGAUGAAGAAGGUGAAGAAGGACAUAACUUUGGUGAUAUUAUGAUUCAUCAAGUUAUUCAUACAAUUGAAUUUUGUUUAAAUUCUGUUUCUCAUACAGCUUCAUAUUUAAGAUUAUGGGCUUUAUCAUUAGCUCAUGCUCAAUUAUCUACAGUUUUAUGGUCAAUGACUAUUCAAAAUGCAUUUGGUGCCACUGGUAUUACAGGUGUUAUUAUGACUGUUUUCUUAUUUGGUAUGUGGUUUGUUUUAACUGUUGUUAUUUUAGUUAUUAUGGAAGGUACUUCUGCAAUGUUACAUUCUUUACGUUUACAUUGGGUUGAAAGUAUGUCUAAAUUCUUUGUUGGUGGUGGUAAAAUUUAUACACCAUUUAGUUUUAAAUCAAUUUUAGCUGAACAAGGUGAUUUAGAAUAA